GCAAUUGGUGAGGCCCGGUUAAACAUAAGUGUCCAGUGUAAUGUAGUUUCUAUUUGGCAUUUGUGGUGUUGUUUUACUGCUCUCAUAUAUUGGUGGAAUAUACUGUGCUUUUCUUACGCCUCAUUGUCAUGACAUCAACACGUCUGAUUCCUGUUACUAUCCAUAUUCAGGGACAAUGGACCAUCUCGAAGUGGCAAGGCCGAUUUGCAACUUCUCGGCGAUCUUUGUUUGGGGUGUCUGAUUCAAUAUGUUGCAGGCCUGUGCAGUAAAAUAACUUGUCAUUUGGAAAACACUCUCAGCGCCUAUGACACGCGCAGAAAACGUCAGUUCGCUAGUCGCUCUCAUUGUAGGCGAAAUCUCUCCUACCUCUUCCUUGUUCUUUUUCCCUAUUUGGAGGGUUGAUCACAUCGUUUUUGACGACCCUUUUAAAGGGGGGGGUGGGCCAAAAGAGACCAAGGAAGCAGGUUGACCUAGCUAGCUUCAUCGUCCGACAUACUUCCCUCAGCCUGCGUGGACCACUCUGGAGAAGGCGCUGCUUGAUGCACACAGCCUGCGCGUUGUAGCGGCCGCUGUGAAGAAUCGACGUAGUUCGAGCACAAAAAUCCCUUGGAAAUCUCGAGAACCAGGUGAAUCCGUUGUUCCGAGGCAGCUUGUUUGAAAGCCUGGUAGUUCGUAGUGAAACAGGAUAUCCCUUACCUUCCUUUUUUCUGGUCGCUAUGGGUGGUUCAUACAGCGCCGCUCACGGGCAGACUGUUUGACUUUCAGAGACGUCGAUUGCUUGCAGAGUUUUUAGAGGACCGAAAUUCAGCUUCUUGAAAGCUCAUUGCGACGGCUCAGAAUCACCACAUCGGAUGUUGGUUUCGUUGAUUCGCGUGCGACAAGCAAAGGCCAUGAAGCAUCUGCAAACAUUCACUAUUCGCAUUUGGGGAGCUGCGAGUCUUUUAGCAUUCGGGCGACUAUGAUUAUGGAUGUCCAUUCACAUCUCUAAGCUUGCUUGUUUCUUGGCACCUUGCAUGUUCGUAUUGCCUUGCCUGUACACCCGAAAAGAUUCCACCUACCCAUCUUCCUUAAGGUGAACAACCAGCAGGCAGGGCAUCAUUGUGAGUUUUGUUGAAGAAGCAGUCUCCUUUUCAGCAGGACUCUUUUUUAGCUGUGAUACCGGCUCGUUACCUCUGUGGCACCACCUCCUCUACAAGCGACAACAAAGAAACAGACAUCGUUGUUCGCUCGGGUGCUCGUGGACAUGGAUAUCCAACUGACCGCAAACUCACCGUCAAACAAGCGAUGGCCAGGUCGUGAUUUUGGUCCCCAUGCCCCGCCCAAGCAUUGGAUGCAGUGUAUCCGAGAAUGGACAGUGGACCAUGAAGAUCUGCUCGAAUUGGAUGAAUAUCAACUUGCCAGCAUGAACGAGUUUGACCGCCAGCUGCGGUCCACUGGUCAACUACCUUUUUUACCAGAGGAACCGGGUGCUGUUGCAGACCAGCGGAGACCUCUGAGUCCUCGAAGCAGACCUGAAGGGAGCAACUCCUUUUUUUGCUUGUCUCCGCUCAAAACACUCCGUAUUCUUUCUGAAAAGCGCCGCAGGGAACAGGCGCCUCAACUCUUACUAGAGCAGGUACCUCAUUACCUGCCGGCAUGGGUUUCUACAGAGUCUCAGUGGCCCCCUGUGGAAAAAGAAACUACAGGCGAACUUCCAGAAGAACAGGGAAACCGGCCUGUUAAUUCACCUGCUUGGCAGCUCUUCAGUGGGAACACUUCCAUCGACAAUUUGUUUCAGGUGUGUACGGGGGCGUCGUCAGGUAAUAAUUCUUGCUUGGCUCCGGUAUUUGAGAAUUCUGUCGUGGCAUCUGACAUUGCAGGUGUUAACAGCCACCCUCGCAAAGAAGAUUCACAUGACCUUCCUCCAAGAAACGAACAAGCCCAUGGUGUUUGCGAGCGUCUCCCCACAGUUUUGGGGAACGAGUGUGUCCGGACACCAUCAGAAAGCCCUACACCUUGUGGGUGGCCGCCUUACAUUGCUGAGCUUACGGCACCGGGCCCGUGGAAGAGAAGUGUAGAAAGCGUUAGCGAUCACCAGCCGAUCGAGCCCAAGACCACAGAGGAAGAAAACGGAGGACACUGGGAGAGGAAUGGGGAAACAGCUUUCUCGACCAGGGGUACAUGUGACUUCUACGGUGCGCCAAACGGUGAUUCGCAGGGCCUCUGGCUUGUGGAAGGCAGAGACAACCACCCGAAUAAGUUGCCAAGCCAAACUGAAGCGGUGUUCUUGCCUCUUCGUAUACGGGGGGACACAAGGUACGGGGGCAUGGUUCACGGCGAAGUCAGGCAAGAACCCGAAAGCCAAAACAUAGACAGACCCUUUUUCCCGCGGAACGCGAUGUCUGUGCAAAACGUUCCUCAGUGGCAAACUUCUGGGGGACGAAGUCGAGGGAUGCAGGGGGAACAGAUGCAACAGAUGUAUGGGCCAAAUACGAAUCGAGACUGGAAACCUGGUGAGAGAAUGGAUUGGAAUGUAUCGCCUUCUUCAGAGUCACAGCCCAUCCUGAGACCCCCUCUGUACUCUCGUCUAUCCUCCUACGGAUGCGCAGAAUCAUCUGCUCUUCCUGGAGGGGCUCAGAGGUACGAAGAAGAAUACCCAUCCUUUGUACCCCCUCAGAGCUUUCCCCCACUUCUGUCAAACGCCGGCUCGGGCAACCCACGGGGAGCCGUUGGAGCCAGUCGGCCUGUGAAAAGUUGGGCUAUUAUGUUUCCACAUCGUCCGGCCCCCUACGAGGAGACACACCGAUUGGCACCUCGCGAGGCGUUAGACACACAGCAGCCAGGCGCUGAUCAGCAACAGCAAAUGGUGUUGAGCCCGGUGGAGGAGUGCAGCCACCCUCUGAAUGAAGGCGAGUGGGAAAACAUCCAACGUUACCAGCAGAACAAAACAGGUUCGAGUGGUGAAGGGUUCUGCCUCAAAGACGAGUACCCUGGUUACACGGCGUUCGCCACAGGCCCAUCAGUGAGAGGUGUUCCUGAAGGCCAGCACGUGUGGAUGCCAAAGCAAAGGAUGGAAGAUGCAUGGAAGAGAGAAGAGCGCAGAGACGGCGUGCGAUAUGAACAAGAAAGAGUUACCGUAGCUGAAAGGGGCAAUAUAACAGUUCGAGCAAGCGAGACGAUCACUGAAGCUUUUGCCACGCUUCUAAACGCUGAGCGGGGCGCUGCAGCUGCGAGCCGGAAGAAAGAGCAACAAGAAGAAAGAGUGGAACACUGGUGUGAACAGCAGCCUCUCCGUGCUCCAAAUCGUGGGUCGUCGGUAAACAUGGUGGGUGUGGGGAAGACUGGGAGGAGGAGAAGAGGGAAGAAGUUUUGAGGAAACAGAGAACAAGUGAGGGAACUGUUGCUCGAUGGGCAUGUGCGUACGAGCGUGGUCAAACAGUACGAGCGUGGUCAAACAGACGUUCCAAACCAUUCCCGGUCACUGAGAAGAGAGGCGCCAUUGUGCCAACGGAGUUAGUAAACCACCCUUUAGUUUCGUACCACUCGUACACCGCGUAUGACGUGAAAAACGAGCGACAAAGGAGGUGAGCCUGUUGCUUGUUUUAAUCGUACGAGGGUAAGGAGGGACUGACUAGGAGGCGGCCGUCACAUCGCUGGACCUCUGCGCUCUGCUGUUUGUGGAAUCUUCCUCGUUUGUGUUUGUUUUGUUUUCUGCAUUUGACCGUUUCUGAGGGGCAUACGGCGAAUGUUGCACUCAUCACACGUUUCCGAAAGGGGCUGAUAUUCUCUAACCACGUGCCACUCACACUGGCGUUUGUCGAAAAUGCCGUUAAUGGUUCUGCGUAUGACAUAGUGAUUGGUCUGUGUCGCUGCUGAAUAAACCAGCAAGUUCCGGUGUUCCAUAAAUGCCUUUCGGGUGGUGGGUGCGUGUGACCCUUGCCACUGUCUCGCCUACAAGCGAGCGAAAGAAUAUAAAGCCUCUACACCGAAGGUCGCUUUUGUUGAACAACUAAGCAUUCAGAUUCGCGUGGAAUAGCCAGGGAAACUGUGCCCCGAGAACAGCGUUUGAGUAUCUGCGUGGAUCGGUUUCUGGCGUGUCACUUUAUGCACAAAAGUUGGUGUAUUGCUCCGUGGAGGGAUCACCAGUUAUAUUGCUUUCUCUGCUUGGUAUUUCGGUGUUAACUAGUGCGCAGUCUGGGGAAACCUGCAAUCUCAGCUUCGCUAUCUGAAAACGCCCGCAAAUUUGUCCGGGUUUCCACUUGGCUCCUGCUGCCUGAACAGAAGUUCCGACCGCGGCCGCUAACAGAAACACGGAUCCGGCGUUCGCCUUAUCACCACCUCGAAAAGAAACUCUUUAAACCUUGCCUGCUCAUUGUGAAGUCUAUUUG